GUAGUUCCCUUCAAGCACUCGUGAAUGAGACGUGCUGCCGACCUUUCUAUGAGGUAGUUAAGUGACCCAACCCUCCCGUCCCUUCCCCUUCCGGCCGACUCUUGUAUAGUGCAGUGCAAUAAGUGAUAGAAGGAUCGAGUGCAGUGUAUAGCCAUGUACGAGGAGGAGCUCUUAUACCUACGCAGCCGUGGCAUGGCCCCGGUGGGCCAGCUGGGCCUCCACCCGUACCUCGGAGCUGGCUUGCCGGCCAAUCUUACCGACCACCUCGACAAGUACCGGCUUGGCUUCCACGGCGGAGUGCCCACCCAGGCUCCCUUCGGUCAUGGGUUCCCCGGGGACUACCUGAAGCCCCCGCCGCAGUGUGGAGGCUUCCCCACCCCGGGGCUGCCAGGGGGGAAGCCUGACCCUCGCAUCAAGGCUCGCCUCGAGAAUGAGAAUCUCUGGAACCAGUUCAAUAAGUUCGGCACAGAGAUGAUUAUCACUAAAUUAGGCCGGCGCAUGUUCCCGACGGUAAAGAUGUCGGCCAGCGGUCUGGAACCCAACACCAAAUACUACGUGCUGAUGGACAUCGUGCCGGCGGACGACUCUCGUUACAAGUUCCAAGGCAAGGAGUGGGUGGUGGCUGGCAAGGCUGAACCUCACAUGCCCGGUCGACUCUACAUACAUCCGGACUCCCCGGCCUCUGGAGCCCAGUGGAUGCGACAUCCCAUCAGUUUCCAGAAGCUCAAACUCACCAACAACAACUUGGACCAACAGGGACACAUCAUCCUCAACUCCAUGCAUAAGUAUCAACCCAGGAUUCACAUUGUAGCGGCGCCAGACCUGGUUUCGCUCCAUUGGGCACCCUUCAACACCUUUAACUUCCCCCAGACGUGCUUCAUGGCCGUCACGGCCUACCAGAACGAGCGCAUCACUCAACUCAAGAUCGACAAUAAUCCCUUCGCGAAAGGUUUCCGGGAAAAUGGGCAGCUGCGCUCCAAAAAGAGAGCGGGAGGAACGUCUCCACAGACGGGCGAAAUGACUGCUGCACCGCCAGAAAAAUCUAGCGAAGCUGACGACGCAACCCUGGACAAACGAGCUCGUCUGAACAGUGUGGACAGCGGUGACCUGGAUGUGUCGGACAUUGAAGACCGGCCAGCGUCGUCUAUGUCGGUAGAAAAAGACCCGAGUGACGAGAAGGUGGACGUGGAGAGUCCUCCUACCCCACCCCCUCCCUUCCUGCCGCCUCCACUCAUUAUCAAGUCCGAAGUGGAGGAGACACCCACGUCCCUAGUGUCACCGCUCAUGUCCGCCGCCUCCAUGAUGGCAGCGGCGGUGGCAGAAACCAGGAAGUCACACACGCCGCCCACCAUCCUUGCAGAUCCUCGAGCUCACGAGGUCAACAUGCUCUCCCCUGCAGCCAUACGACCAUGCUUGCCCUCACCUACGUAUUCAACGGGGCUGCAUGGCAGCAUUCCUGCAGGCUUACCCGGCGGUUCCUUACCCUACCCGUACCUCUAUUACAGUCACAUGAUGUCUCCUUACUUGCUGAGCCGAGCGCCGCAGCUACACCCUGCUCCCCUCGACAAGGCUGCCGCUGCUGCCAGAGAUAUGUACGGCUAUCCCACUUACCUGCGCUCUCCCCCCGGUCACCACUCUUCCCUGUCAGCGACGCCAUCAAGACCAGCGCCCAUCCACCCCUACAGCUACGCCAUACCCCACCAGGUGCCCGCUAACCUUUGAGGGAGCACCUGCAGCGCCGGCCGGUGGGUCGCCCUCAGUCAGUCAUCACAUCAGCGGUCCCUGGUUAGCAAGUUUUCCUCAGUCAUCCUCAUGUGUACAUUCUCAUCGUCAUUCCGUGUUGAUGGUAUGUUUGUAACGCAGCACAUCGUGAUAUUGUGUCAUUGUUGUGGUGAUAUCAUGGAGGCCUAGUGUGGUGCUAGGCCUAACAUGGGCACACUUCCUGCAGCACUCAGGUGCCAAAGACUCCUGUACAAUUCCUCGAAUUUUUUAUACUUCGAUGGUGCUUGUGUAAAUAUAUGUUGUAUAUAUGUAUGUACAGUUUAUGUAGCAGACGGGUAACUCAGACGUGGGACCAACACCCAUGUUGUUGUUUUGGUAAUAAAUCGAUCUUUCUGA